CCUUAUUCACUUUGUAUUUUUUUUCCCUUUAAAACCUCUCUUUCUCUCUCUUUCUCAUACUGAAAAAAGUGUCUCCCUUAUUUUCAGGCACUUAAAGAAAAAUAAAAUAAUAAAAGCAUUUUUAAGUCGAAAGACCUUCUCUUCCAACCAGAAGCCUUUAGCGCCAUGGCUUCUUCUUCUUCUUCUUCCUUGCCACUUCUCUUCUCUCUUCUCUCUCUCUUCCUCAAUGUCACACUCGCAGACACUGAUCGUUACAAUACCACGGCGGUUGUUAUAAUGAACCCUACCACCCCGCCGCCUCUUCCACCGCCUUCUACACCGCAACGGAAUAACAUCACUUCCUCUUUCAUGCCCGGAAUCGCCGUCGUCAUCGCCGUCCUCACCGCCGUUUUCUCCCUCACUUUCUUGCUCCUCCUCUACGUCAAACACUGCAAACGACGAAACGGCAGCGUUUACGUCAAUCACCCGCAGCGUUUCGCAGUCUCAAGAUACGGAGGAGGAUAUGGCGGUGGAGGAGGAGGGAGAAAAAACUCCGGUAUAGACCGGUCCGUGAUCGAAUCUUUACCGGUUUUCCGGUUCGGUGCUCUGAGCGGUCAAAAGGAAGGGCUCGAGUGCGCCGUGUGCUUGGCUCGGUUCGAACCGACGGAAGUUUUGAGGUUAUUGCCGAAAUGCAAACACGCCUUCCACGUGGAGUGUGUUGACACGUGGCUCGACGCUCACUCCACUUGCCCGCUUUGCCGUUACCGGGUCGACCCGGAAGACAUCCUCUUGAUCGGUGAUUGUAACUCCUGGUUCGAGCUACGUUUCUCUUACCGCCAAGAGGAAUCAAACAGUAACAACAACACCGGUUCGACCCGGUUCGAACCGGUUAGUCGGAUCUCGGGUCGGCAUUCAUCGGCUGGUGAGCGAGCGAGUCGACUCAACGAGGUUAGAACAUCUUCGUCUUCAAAAUCGAAUCCGAUUUCGUUUAGGAGAUCGCUCGAUAGCUCUUUGACAGUCCACGACGGAGAAGAGAAAACGGAAUCGGUCAAGCUCGGGUGCUUAGAUCGUCCUCAGAGGAAAGACGGAAUGUUGUUAAUCCCGAAUCGGGAAAGCUUCGAAGGGAGAUUCGAGCACCGGAUAAUAAUCUCCGGCGGGAAUCGAGACCAGAGGUGGAGCGAGGUGAGGCCGUCGGAUCUUCUUUACCUACGAUCGGAGAUGAUAAUAAGUGAUUGCCGGAAACUAGCUGCGGCGGAGGAUGGUAGAGAAGUGAUAAACGGGAGAAGCGUGUCGGAGUUAACGAGCAUUGAGAGACGGAGGAGAUGGGGAGGAGAGCCGAGACAACGACAAGCCACGGCGGUGAUUUCGAGAUGGCUCGCUUGGUCCCACCGUGCCUCCGCUUCCAGCAUUGUUUAAAAAUCUGUUUUUUUAGGUCCUUUUAGUUUUGUUUUAUAACAGUUUUGGCCGUUUUAGUUUUGUUGUAUAAGCCCAAAUUUUAUUUAAUCUUAGUCAUAGAAAAGAGAGGAGGCAAGGCAACAACAAUGGCAGGUAGGACGAAAAUUUAAAUGAAAAAUCCCGAUUUUUGGAGUUAAUUAUUAUGAGAUG